AUGGCCGCCGACCUCUCCAAUUCGAGGGAGCUAUAUGAAUCCGGCUUGACGGUCCACUCGGACUCCGAGAACUACUCGGCCAACCACGACAUAUCCGGGUCCCAGUCCUCUUCUUCGAGCUCUCCCCUCAUUCUCUACAAGCCCCCUACUUUCUGGAGCAUCCUGCGAGGGGCCGCGAUCAACCUCGUUCUCCCGUUUGUGAAUGGGCUGAUGCUGGGAUUUGGCGAGUUGUUCGCUCAUGAAGCAGCCUAUAGACUAGGAUGGUCCGGAACAAAGGUUUUCCCCACGCAUCGCCGAUCUAGGCCUCUGGGACCCGGGGUCGAGGUUCGAGAUACCCCGUUGCGGAGGGGCACUAGGGCGGCUGGCCUGCAAGACGCUACGUCUCUGGAGUAG